AUGGGUUCAGCACAGAAGUACGAGCUGCCGUUCAAGCUCAACAACCCAGACCUCCUCCACAAUCAGUCAUAUGUUGGUGGCGAGUGGGUGAAUGCAAAGUCUGGGAAGACGUUUGAAGUCCUUGACCCCGGCACCGGAAAGGCGUGGACAGAAUGCCCCACAAACGAUGCGUCCGACGUUGAUGCUGCCGUCAAGAACUCGCACGAAGCUUUCCUCGAGUAUAAGAAGAUCAGCCCUCGCCAAAGAGCACAGUUUUUGUACAAGUGGGACCAGCUGAUCCGCGAGAACAAGGAAGACAUUGCUACGAUUCUAGUGUACGAAACUGGAAAGCCCCGUUCUGAAGCCUAUGGCGAGAUUGACUACUCCACUGGCUUCACCUGGUGGUUUGCUGGAGAAGCCGAGCGCAUCCAAGGCAGCGUCUUCACACCAGCGUUACCGAACCGGCGCAUUUUCACAAUCAAGCAACCAGCAGGUGUUGCUGCAGCUCUCGUUCCGUGGAACUUCCCGAUAGCCAUGAUUCUGCGAAAGGCUGGUGCAGCCCUUGCAGCAGGAUGCACCAUGAUUGUCAAGCCGAGUCCGGAAACACCCAUCACUGUCCUGGCACUGGCGUACCUUGCGGUUCAGGCUGGGUUCCCGAAGGGUGCGCUGAACGUAUUGACCACAGAUCUCGACAAGACGCCUGAGCUCAGUGAAGCGCUUUGUCGCCAUCCUCUCAUUGCUAAAGUCACCUUCACAGGAUCGACAAGGGUAGGAAAGCUGGUUGCGAAGAUCUGCGCGGACAACUUGAAAAAGGUGACGCUGGAAUUGGGAGGAAACUGUCCGGUCCUGAUCUUCGACGAUGCGAACAUCGAGCAAGCAAUGUCCCAGAUCUUUGCUCUGAAAUACCGCCAUGCUGGUCAGGCCUGCAUAACUGCAAACCGCAUCUAUGUUCAGUCCGGCAUCUUCGACAAGUUCCUUGAACGGUGGAACGCCGAAACGGACAAGAUAGUCGUUGGCCAUGGUUCAGACGAGAAGACCACCAUGGGCCCAGUCACAACACCUCGAGGUGCUCAAAAGGCGCUCGAGCUGGUCGAGGAUGCUAAGAAGAAGGGUGCAAAGAUUCACAAGGGUGGAAACAAAAUCGAGAAGAAUGGCGGGUACUUUUUCGAGCCGACUGUCAUCACUGGCGUCACUCCGGACAUGGACAUUGCAAAUGAAGAGGUGUUCUCGCCCAUUUGCACAUUCAUCAAGUUCGAUACAGAGGAGGAGGUGGUUAAGAAGGCAAAUGACACCUCUAUGGGUCUUGCAUCCUACCUAUUCACGAAGAAUGUUGACCGAUUGUGGAGACUGUUCGAGAAUCUCGAGGCUGGCAUGAUCGGUCUGAACACUGGCAACUCAUCGGCGGCGGAGUCACCCUUCGGUGGAAUCAAGCAGAGUGGUUACGGAAAGGAGUCUGGAAAGGAUGUGGCCGUCAACGAGUACCUGAUCACAAAGACGGGCACUUUCACCUUGGAGGAGAAUGCUUAA